CUCCUGAAUUUGCAGGCGCCUGAUGAGUUCUUUAUUCCUGAGGGGGGAGGCCUGCUCGGAGGUAUAUAUGCGUUGACCGGCCUCCAGGCCGCAGAUCACUCUCAGCACUCACAGCAGAAUGUACAAGUUUCUGGUGGUCCUUGCCCUUGUGGGCGCAGUUGUCGCCGACGACGCUGACAAGAAGAGCGAGAAGCGCGGUGUCUUCGGCACUGACCUCGGCUACGGCGGUGGUGGACACUUCGAGGCUUCCAAGCACGUCGAAACUAACCACCACGUUCCCGUUCACACUGUGACCAAGCACGUGCCCUACUCCGUCCCUCACCCCGUGCCCUACACCGUGUACAAGAAGGUGCCCUACGCAGUUCCCGCCCCUUACCACGUUUCCGUUCCUCGCCCUUAUGAAGUGAAAGUGCCAGUCAAGGUUCCCUACACCGUCGAGAAGCCCUACCCCGUCACUGUUGAGAAGCCCUACCCCGUCCACAUCCCCGUGAAAGUUCCCGUCUCCGUCCCCAAGCCCUAUGCCGUUCCCGUCGAGAAGCCUUACCCCGUCCACGUCCCUGUCAAGGUUGCCCACCACGUGCCCGUGCCCGUCCACGUCCCCAAGCCCUACUACGUCAAGGUGCACGACCAUCAUGAUGAGCACAGUGGCGGCGCCUCUUACGGUGGUGCUUCUUAUGGCGGCGGUGCCUCUCUGGACGCCGGAAACUACGGUGGCUACGAAUCUGCUGGAAUUGGAGGCCAAGGCUAUGGUGGUGCUUCUGGACUCGGCAGCCACGGUGCUUCCUCUGGACUCGGUAGCUACGGCGGUUCCGCUGGACUCGGCAGCUACGGCGGCUCUGCUGGACUCGGCAGCCACCACGGUGGUGCCACCAGCUACAGCUACUCUCAUCACGGCUAAGAAAAAGAUAGCCUGAGAGAUCAUCAAAGAUUGUUCCUCCUCGCCAGAUCGCAUCUUGUCACUCAACAUUGUCAUUGCGACUACCACACAAGAUUUUGUACUGCUGUUUUAUAAAAAGAAUAAAAAAAUCAUUUUUAUUAAAUAACUAAAUUUUAAUAA